UUCAAUUUGUGAAAAAGAAAUGUUUAAAAAAAUUAAUUUUAAUUAAUGUUUCAGGAAAGAAAACAUAACCUCCUUUUCACACAGUCGUUUAAUUUUAACGAAUUUUAGCUAGCCUAAGGGGUAGGCUCGCUCGCAAUUAAUUCUAUUCUAGGGAAUUUCAGCUAGCCUAAGGGGGUCCCUCGCACGCAAUUCUUGUAUUUGUACCUUACUUUAUGCACACAUACGCGAUUCGGUUACAGUGGCGUAUAGGCGCUUCCGUAAGCUUUACUUAUUGUUACCGUUCUUUUACCUAGAGUUCUCGUUAGGUCAACAGCGUCAACAGGAAAUAGUAAAAUUAUUAUUUAAUAAAAAAGAAAAGGGUUUUUAAUCACACAAUGGCAUUUUCAAAAAAUGCGGACACGGUGUUUCGUUAUGAAAUCAACGGGUUUAAUGGAGCAACUGUCGAUUCUUUACAAGAGAAAACAUAUUCAUCGCCUAAAUUUACCACAUCAGUGGAACCUAGGAGAGAAUUUCAUCUAAAUUUUUCUAUACAAAAAUUUUCGGAUGGCAGCUCUUCCCAAAACUGUCGUUAUUGUAGUCGUCCUUCUAAAAAAAUGAUUAACAUAAAGCUAAUUUGCUCAAAAAAUAUUCCAAAUCGAGAGGAUUUAAAAGUUCAAGUUUCCAUUAAAAAUGAUAUUGAGAAAGUCACAAGAAGUUUCUUAAUUUGUGGGACCGAAAAUGAAUUCAAUUUUCAAAAUAUUAUGGACGGUGAAACAAUGUUAAAAAUUGUUCAAGAAGGACGACUGGAAGUAAUUGUUGAAAUUUUUUUGAAAAUUGAUCAACAAGAAAGUUUUGAAACAUCAAAUUUAGAAUUUCUAACUGACUGUAAAAUUUACAUUCAAGAGGAAAUAUUUGAAGCUCAUAAAGCUAUUCUGGCAAAAAGAUGUCCAUAUUUUUAUAAAAUUUUCAAGGACGACAACAAAAUUGAGGAGUUAAGAAUUCCUAAAAACAUCAAACCGAAUACGUUCAAAAAAAUCCUUAAAUACAUUUAUGAAGAAGAACCAUUUAAUUGUUCUGACCCUGCUGCAGAAGAUAUUUUCUUAGCGGCAAAUUACCUAGAAAUUGAACAACUUAAGGAUGAAUGCGAAAAUUAUUUCCGAAAAACGAUAUCAGUUGCCAAUGUUUGCUCAGUUUUGCUACUAUCCAUCAAAGCAUCGGCAAAGUUUUUGCAAAAACAUUGUCAAUAUUUUAUUAUAAGAAAUAUUCAAAAAAUAAAUUUCGAAGGUCUUAAGGCAGAACCAGAAGUGGUAGUCCACAUUUUAAAAGAUAUUUUCGAACAAUUGGACAUUGGACUCUUAACUAUUGUUGACAAUAUAGAUCUUUCCCUCAAAAUGACUGCAAGAAAGGAGACACAAAAUUAUGAACCCUUUUUAAACAACAAACAGUUAAGCGAUAUUGAAAUCCACGUCGGCGAGGAAACAAUAUACAAUUGUCACAAAGUGGUGUUGGCGGUAAAUAGUCCUGUAUUCUAUCACAUGCUCAUCAGUAAAAUGGAAGAAGAACUCACAAAUGUCAUUAAAAUAAAAGACAUCAAGCCAGAAGUUUUUUAUGAAAUUCUAAGAUACAUUUAUACCGGAAGUAUAAAUAAUCUUGAGCAAUUUGGAGUGGAAAUUUUAGAAGCCGUCGAUCGCUACAAUUUAGAAACACUUCAAAAAUUGGUGGAAGAAUUUUUGGCAAAAAAUUUGACAAAUGAAAAUGUCGUAGAUCUCUCGAUAAAUGCCGAUUUUUUCAACGCUUUCUUUCUUUUAAAACAUUGCGCUAAAUAUAUUGUGAAACAAAUAAUUACUUACCCGAAAUUGAGAAAAGUCAAAAACGUUAUAACUUUGAAAAUGUUUGACUGUUUCAGUCAAAAUAUUUUCUACGAGUUUCUGGAGGUAUUAAAAACAGAAUGUAAAAUCAAUUUGCAAAAUAUGUCAGAACCAGAUGUGGAGUGUUUGUCACCGAAAAUUCAAAAUGAUAAUGAUUAUCGGAAAAUUUAUUCGAAUUUGAAAUAUUUAAGCGACUUUAAAAUUACUAAUCGAGGAAAAACAUUUUCUGUUCAUAAGGUUAUUUUAGCGAAAGAAUGGCCUUAUUUUCAUGAGUUAUUUCAAAAGGAAAGAGAAAUUAAGAAACUCAAUAACCAUGAUUUGGAUAUAGAUCCGGAAGCAUUUAAUAUCAUCCUUCAUUACAUGUACUCCAAUGAAUAUCCAAAUCGAGGUCGAUACGAUGUUAUUCUUGCUGCAGCGGAUAUUUUACAAAUGGAAAAUUUAAAAAAUCACUGUGAAAGAAAAUUGGAAAAAGAUCUAUCUCAAAAAACUGUUUGUCAGCUUUUGACACUUGCUGUAGAAAGUUCUGCAAAGCUUCUAUUCAAUGCUUGCAUGACUUUUAUUUUAAAAAACAUUCAUUCAAUUGAUUUUCAAAGUCUAAAAUCUAAGCCACUCGUUGUAUUAAGUAUGUUAGAAGAAUUUUUCAAAGGAGAAUGGAUGACGGAUUCUUUUCAAAUUACUGAAUCUAUUAAUCUUUCAUUUGAAAAAAAGAUUGAAACGAAUUCGAAUUAUUUUCAAAGAAUUGAUUCAUUUUUAAAUAAUGAAAAAUAUAGUGACGUAACUUUUUAUGUCGGAGAAAAAACUUUUCGAGGCCAUAAAAUGAUUUUAUCAGCAAAAAGUCCUGUUUUUGAUAGAAUGCUUUCGAGUGAAAUGAAAGAAGCUCCCACGAAUGUUGUAGUGAUUGAGGACAUGGAACCAGAGGUUUUUUACGAAAUUCUAAGGUACCUUUAUACAGGAGAAGCGAAUGUUGAACAAUAUGCUUUUGAGAUUCUAAAAGCUGCCGAUUUUUACAAUAUAGAGGAUUUGAAAACGUUUACUGAAAAUUAUUUGGCGAAAAAUUUAACUGACGUGAAUGUGGUCAAUGUUGUUAAAAUUGCCCAAACAUACAAUGCAUCAUCUCUUUUCAAAGAUUGCACUAACUAUGUUGUUAAGUUAAUGAUUUCUAAUCUGAAAAUAAAGAAAAAAAAUUCAAUUUCUUUGAAACUCUUCGCUGAUUUUCAAAAUAAUAUUUUCUACGAAUUUUUGAAAGUUUUGACCAAUUCUUGUAAAAUUGAGUAUUUAUCUGAAUUUUGUUAUCCUAUUCCACGUUCGGUUCGUGGAAUACAAGUUGAACACGUACAUUUUAAACCAAUUACAAAAAGAAGGUGUCUUAGAGGAAGGAGAUGCAAUUAAUUCGUUAAUGCAUAUUAACCUUAUUAAAAAUAAAUAAAAUAUAUAUAAUAUAUAUUAGUUGUAAUAAAAAUAUUAAAUAAAACUAUUGAUAA